UAGUACAUUUUAAAAAAUGCAAACAGAUCAAAUUGGUAUCAACCACAAAAAUGUAUAGGAAUGUCGAUGUCUAGGGCAACGAUGAUGUCAUCCAAUCUAUUAUUAUGAUUGCAAGGUGAGAGACAUUUGUAGUUACACAGUCCUAAUCAGAAUUCUUACCUCCAAACAUCAUUGCAACGUUUUAUUUAGACAUACUUCCCCAUUAACAGCAAAUAAUACUGGUAUCAAGUAUUUGCACACAUUUCUCAGAAGUUGUGACACUUAAAUGUAUUUAGUAAUAUGACAGUUGUUUGCAUGUAGCUAGUUAACAUAGUUAUUUAUGCACUUUGCAAAACAAAUCAAUCAAUUUGAAUACCUAUACAAUACAACCAUACACAAACUGCAUUUUUGCUUUUGAGAAAAUAAUGAAAAUGUAUAAUUGAUUUUAGUGGUUUGUAAAAAGCUAAAUGAAGAUGGGUAAAAAAAAAUAAUCUAGUCAUAUGCUGAUAUUCAGACGUAUCUAUUGGCUGAAGAGGUAGGAGAGGCGUGACUACGGCGGCGCGUGGGUUCGCUUGCUUGUGUGACACAAUUAUAACAACUUUAAGCUGGUGGCUGUGGGGAAUUUUAUGGUCAAAUAAUAGUAUUUUCAAACUGCAAGAAUUGCACUUCAUGCAUUACAUUUUAUUAGUUGCAUAAACCGUGCCUAAAAAUGUGACGCGAAGACUUUUUGGAGGGGUACUUGUUUUCCUGAAAGGAUUUACCAUUUUGAAUUGCGUUUUUGAUCCUGGAGAAAAGUUUAUUCUAUCUAAUCAAUUUUUUGUUUUCCCUCUUUGAUUUGGUGGAGUAUCUCGUUCGCCCUCUCGUCGCGAUUCCAUGCAAUCGUGCGGAGUCUCGCUCGCUGUUGCUGCCUGCGCUGCUGCUCGGAGUCUCGGCUCGGCUUCUGGUGGUGAUGAGGAAAAGAAAAUGGCGGCGGGAAAAGCCAGUGAAACCGAGGAGGACUUUCCGACGCUGACAGCCCAAGAGAGGGACAGCUUGGUCGGAAUUGACAGCUCACUGUUUGGAUUUCAGAGGCUUCAUGAAGAUGGCGCCAGAACGAAGGCCUUACUGUUGAAGGCUGUUCGUUGCUACGCUUCUCUCAUCUUGAAGGCUGAAGGAAAAGUGGAGCCAGAGUUAUUCUGCCAGCUAGGCCACUUCAACCUCCUACUGGAGGAGUACGCUAAAGCAUUAUCAGCAUACCAGAGGUACUACAGCUUACAGUCCGACUACUGGAAGAAUGCUGCCUUCCUAUAUGGCCUGGGCAUGGUCUACUUCCAUUACAACGCCUUUCAGUGGGCGAUUAAAGCGUUCCAGGAGGUGCUCUACAUCGACCCCAGUUUCUCACGAGCCAAGGAGAUCCACCUGCGACUCGGCCUCAUGUUUAAGGUCAACACAGACUACGAGUCAAGCCUAAAGCAUUUCCAGCUGGCUUUGAUUGACUCCAACCCCUGCACUUUGUCCAAAGCUGAAAUUCAGUUCCACAUCGCCCAUCUGUAUGAGAUUCAGAAGAGAUACCGGGCUGCCAAGGAGGCGUACGAGAGCCUUCUGCAGACGGAGAAUCUCCCAGCACAGGUGAAGGCCACUACCCUGCAGCAGCUAGGCUGGAUGCACCACACGGUGGAGCAGCUAGGAGACCGAGCCAAUAAGGACAGCUAUGCCAUCCAGUGUCUGCAGAAAUCACUGGAGGCAGACCCCAACUCGGGACAGUCCUGGUACUUCCUGGGCAGGUGCUACUCCAGUAUUGGGAAGGUCCAGGAUGCGUUCAUCUCCUACAGGCAGUCCAUAGACAAAUCAGAAGCCAGUGCAGACACAUGGUGUUCAAUAGGUGUUCUGUACCAGCAACAGAACCAGCCCAUGGAUGCUUUGCAGGCGUACAUCUGUGCGGUGCAGCUGGACCACGGCCAUGCGGCCGCCUGGAUGGACCUGGGCACGCUCUACGAGUCCUGCAGCCAGCCGCACGACGCCAUCAAGUGCUACAUCAACGCCAUGCGCAGCAAGGCCUGCUCCAACGCCACCGCGCUCACACAACGCAUCAAAUGCCUGCAGGCUCAGUUGAGUAACCCCCAGGUCACUAGUCUACAGAGUAAAAGUAAAAUGCUUCCUCUUAUUGAUGAGGCCUGGAGUCUACCAAUCCCAGCAGAGCUAACCUCCAGGCAGGGUGGCCUGAACACUGCACCGCAGGCGUGUAAGCCCCAGCACAGCUCUGAGGGAGGGGGAUCGGGCCAGGCUCUGCCCCCACACGUGGGCCCUAUGGGCCAGGGGGAGGACCCGUCCAGCCCUGCCAAGAGGAGGAGGGCCUCCAGCCCAGCCAAGAGCCAGCCAGAUUCCUGGGCUAGUAACUCUGCACAGCAGUCAGUCCCCAACUGGUACCUGUCGCCACAGAAACUACAGCUCCUGGACCAGUUGAGGAGUAAUCGGGCCAGUCUGAAGCCCCUGCAGCUGCAGAUGCUGGAGCAGCUGGAGGCACAACUCAACCUAAUGCAGCAGCACCAGCAGCAGAUGAGACAGAAUGCGUCUGGACAGCUGCGUCCCUCCCUCUCCAACGGCCCCUCAGCCACAAACUCUCUCCCCCCUCCUCACUCUAGCCUGCCCCCCUCCCGGCCCCACCUGGCCCCUCAGGGCUCGUUGCGGCCCCCCUGCCCCCCUCGACCACUGGCCAACGGGCCUCUGGCAGGCGGCACACCACACGGACACUCUGACACUCUUUCUGUGGGCAAUAAUAAUAAUAAUAAUCACCCGGUGGCGGCCACAGGACCCAACGGAGACGUGCCUUAUCUGCAGCCCGGCGUACUACUACCUCACACCUGCACAAGCACCCAAUCACAGGACACAGCGCGCCGGGCCCUGCACCUAAACUCCACUCAGGGGCUUCAGAAGGGUUCCGCUCCACAUUGGGCGGGUCCUAAUGGUGAUGGGUCUCUCUCCUCCUCCUCUGGGGGGUCAACACACCCCCUCUCGCACCCCCAGACGCCCCACAAUCAGGUUGGACAUUCGGCCGCCCCCUUGCCGCGGCAACAGGCUCUCAACCACCUCCCGUCCCCCCCUUCUCCCCCUCCUCACUCUGCUACCUCAGGUGGAGCACCCGGCACCCCCGCUACCAAAGAGAGCACGCCCCUCGGCAAUGGCCCCGCCGCCACGGCAACAAAGGGGCCUGGAGGGGCGACGACGGCCAAUAGCACUGCCACGGCGGCGGAAGGCUUAUCCAAUCACGUCCAGUCGGCGGCAGGAGAGGACGGGACGAUCAAUAGAUCCCCUCACCACAGCUCAGACAAUCCUAAGGGGGAGACCACACCCCCACCACCUCUGCCCCCCACAAGAAGAUCAACAACAUCCACCCGGCCGUCUCCUCGGCCGCUUCCUCCCCCAUCUCUGCCAUGUCCACCGCCACCCCCUCGCCCAAAUCCACCGAGCCCGGCCAGUCGACGGGCCCGCACGGCCUCAACAGCCCCUCCACCACCGCCGCCGCAUUAUCGUCAGCCGGCCCCACCGCCGUAGUCAAUGGAAACGGCAAGGGGGGCAUCUCAGAGGACUCCCAGAGCCCGAUGAAGGCGGACCCCCCUGCCACGUGUCGCAGACCCACACCACCCCA